AUCAUACGGUACUGUAUGUGGACUCUGGUCAAGGGAGCAGCUGGAACUAUCAUAACCCUGCAAAUAAAGACACAGCUACCAAGGAGCCAUGGCCUCCCUUGGACAGAUCAUCUUCUGGGGGAUGAUAGUCAUGAUCUUCGUAGCCGCUGGACUCAUCAUCCUCAUCUUGUCUGUGUCAUUUGCAGGUCAGAGUUUCAGGGGUUCCCAGGGCACCGUGGAUAGCAAUAACAAGUGGCCCAUCGGGAACCUGGGGGAGGAUGUUAUCCUGAGCUGCAAGUUCAAGACUUCAACUAAGAGCGGGGAAUUGACCAGUCAGGUGUCAAUCACAUGGAAGAAGGGACUAAGCGAGGUGGUGUACAAUUACGAUAAAGGAGCAGUCCAGCUGACGGAUCAGAACCCCCAGUUUAAAGAUAGAACCCAGCUGUUCUCAGACGCCAUAGGUGGAGGCAAUGCCUCUCUGUUGCUGAGGAACGUGAAAGUGAAAGAUGAGGGGGUGUACUACUGCAGUGUGAACGCCCCUAGUGGCUCGGGGACUGCCAGUGUUAACCUCAGAGCUGCAGCUUUCUCAGCCCCCAAAUUGAAGUCGGUAAACACUACCCUGACGGCAGAGGCAGAGAGAUGGUUCCCAAAACCAAAUGUCAUCUGGUUGGAUGUCAAUGACAACGUCCUAAACGAGAGUGAAACUAGCUUUUUCAACAACUCUGCCGGGAUAACACGAUUCAUCAGCUCCCUUCAGCAAAUUACAUUGUACGACAGCUACACCUGCAUCAUCCAAAACCAUCUGGUGAAGGCUGUCUCCCAGGCAACAGUCAAAGAUACAGAGAUAUCAGCGAUGACUUUCUUCUCCUUCCCUACUGCAGCUGCACCGCCCAUACUACAACCCCAAUGGCACUUCCAAGCAGCUACAGCCAGUGUCUUUCUCUGGAUCUACCAACUAACCUGAUGAACACAUGCACAAUAACUACUCUUCAUAGCCUACAGGCAAGAUUACUAAAAGUACUGUCUGUGGUGAAGUGAACUGGUCUGUUGACUAUCCACUAGCAUUGGGCUGCCUGGAGUUUGAUGGACUUUGUGUUGGAUUAACAAGUGGUGACAAACUGUGUAUGUGUGUGUGUGUGGCUAUAGGUUAUCCAGUGGUGAAGUGGUGAAAUUAUAGUUACAUAAGGUAAUACUAUAAUAAGCCUACGUAAUAAACUAUGUUUUGUUUCUAUGGGAUUCACUGUGGCAAUCAGUCUACUGGGCUAUCAGUGUAAAAUGUGAAUCCAUAGGACUAUAUGUUCUUUUUUUUUUUUCAAUAAAAUGUAUCAAUUA